AUGGCUUUGGUUUCGGUGCUUCCUGUGAGCCUCUGGCUCAUUGCGGCGGGCACAUUUGCUGUUUACCAUGCCAUUCGUGCUGUCUAUCUGAUCUUCUUCAGUCCACUGGCCAUUUUUCCCGGUUCACCAUGGGCAGCUUUGGGGGAAUACUGGGAGGCCUAUUGGAAUAUCGGUCUCAGACCAGGCCAUAAAGGCCAGACGCUGUUCAAGCUUGAAGAAAUGCAUAAGCGUCUAGGACCUGCACUGCGCAUGGGUCCUAAUGAGGUGCAUAUCUAUGAUCCAGCUUUCUACCAUGAACUAUAUCGACCAGGUAGUCGAUACUACAAAGACCCAUCGAUGCACAAGGUCCUAGGGGCGCCGUCGAGCACUCUAGCCGAGAGUGACCCGGUGCGGCACAAGCAGCGAAAGGCACCACUAGAGCCGUUAUUCUCCAAAAAGAAUAUACUCAGUUUGGAGCCAAUGCUGAUGGAGCAUGUUGACUACUGCUCAAAGCGAUUUGAUGAGCAUUUUGCUCAGGGUAAGCCUGUCUCAAUGGAAUGGGCUUUGAAGUCUCUGGCGAUGGAUAUGGUGUCACAAUUUGCCUUCGGUCAAUCUCUGAAUGCUCUCUCUCAUCCGGAGUUCAAGUCACUCCCUGUGCGCGUCUUUCAACAAUACCUACCCAGUUUACAUGUCAUUAAAGCUUUUCCCUUUGUGCGACUUCUCAACUCUCUACCGCUGUGGAUUGCAAAACGAAUUUCACAUUCUGUUGAAAUGGGCCAUGAGUUGGAACAGUUCGCUGCUCGUCGCAUUGAUGAAUAUAUCGCCGCCGCAGCAGCGGGCAAAACCCCUGCCUUCCCGACUCUCAUGGAGAGGCUGCUCAUUCCGCUUCCUGAGAAGGGUUAUGCAGUACCGGACAAACAGGGUCUCCGUGAUGAGCUUCUUACCGUGAUCUCCGCUGGGGACGAUACCACCGGAAUUGCCAACACAGUCACUCUUUUCAAUAUCUUCAAUGACCGUGAAAUCCAUGACCGACUUCUAGCGGAACUGAAAACUGUCAUGCCGACGUCCAAUUCUCAUGUCUCGUAUAUUCAGCUUGAAGCGCUACCAUAUCUGACUGCAGUAAUAAAAGAGGGCCUCAGAUAUUCCUCUCCCGCAGCCUCUCGCACUCCCCGUCUUGUUCCGCCAGGUGGUGUCCGUCUUCCAGACGGCCGGUUUAUCCCUGCAGGAACCCGGGUAGGCAUGGCCAUUUACCAUAUUCACUACAAUGAGACGCUUUUCGAGAAUCCUCGUGUGUUUGAUCCAGAGCGAUGGCUCCAGGGGUCCGAGGUGACAGCAGGGAGAGCUAAAUUUCUAGUACCGUUUUCACGAGGGAGUCGGUCUUGUCUGGGGAUCAAUAUGGCGUAUAUGGAGAUGUAUAUGGCCAUUGCAUAUAUUGUGCGACGAUUCGAUUUGGACCUAGUAGGAACGACCGUGGAGGAUAUGAAGUGGGAUGAUAUGGUUGUUCCCCAGUUUCACGGAGAGUUCCUAGCAUUGACGAAACGGAGAGAAGAUUAG